CAGGCGGGAACGCGCGGCGUUCAUUUCCCGCGCUCUUGUUGACUUUUGUAUUUUAAAUUUUCGAAUUUCGAAUGCACAAUGAACUGUCAAAGUAAAGCUAACAAGUAUGUGUGCCCUAAUGACCGGCAGUUAUCUCUGCGUGCCAAGCUCCGUACUGGUUGGAGUGCAGCACGAAGUGAGCCUCCCUUAACGAACAGCGAGCGAGAAGCGAUAGCUGCUGUCGUCAAGCGAGCGGAGAAGCUGGAAGAAGUUGAAGCUAAGAGGGUCGGCAGACUCGUCGCGAGACUCGAAGGCAUGCGUCGCUCAGCCCAAGGACCAGCCCCCAGAACUUGCCUACUAUGCGGCGAGACAGCCAGGCUGCUGGCUCCUCUGAGGACCUGCGCCAUCUGCCGGAACUCAGCUUGCCCCAAGUGCGUGAUUGAAACGCCGCCGCACAGAACCUGCCUGGUAUGCGGCGAGACAGCCAGGCUGCUGGUCCCUCUGAGGACCUGCGCCAUCUGCCGGAACUCCGCCUGCCCCAAGUGCGUGAUUGACACGCCGCCGCACAGGACCUGCCUGCUAUGCGGCGAGACAGCCAGGCUGCUGGCCCCUCUGAGGACCUGCGCCAUCUGCCAGAACUCAGCUUGCCCCAAGUGUGUGAUUGACACGCCGCCGCACAGGACCUGCCUGCUAUGCGGAGAGACAGCCAGGCUGCUGGCCCCUCUGAGGACCUGCGCCAUCUGCGCGAACUCCGCCUGCCCCAAGUGCGUGAUCGACACGCCACCGCACAGGACCUGCCUGCUAUGCGGCGAGACAGCCAGGCUGCUGGUUCCUCUGAGGACCUGCGCCAUCUGCUGGAACUCAGCUUGCCCCAAGUGCGUGAUUGACACGCCGCCGCACAGGUCAACCUUGUACUCGCGGGAGCAGUACAUGUGCAACCUCUGUGCGGAGACCAGGGAGAUGUGGAAGAAGUCAGGCGCGUGGUUCUUCAAGUCGCUGCCCAAGUACAUCCUGCCAGAGAGACGAACCACCGGCAGAUACAAUGAAACGGAGCUGGCGAGGUCUUUGCAGCAGGAGGCUGGGAACAGCAGUAACGAAGGAAAAACAGACUCGGAGCCAGGAUCGCCUUUGAGUGUCCACGCACCCUCGUUUUCAAGGCAAGCCAGCAGUAUAGAGAGGAAAUCCAUCGGAUCACCGCAUGACACACACUACGAAUGGUCCGAGACCGACAUCCUUUCGCACGGGUUCAGCGGACUGAGUCUCCACAGGACUGACAGUCUCAACCAGCGCCCCCUAGCCGGCCUCAAGCGCACAGGCAGCAAAGGAAGCGCGUACAGUCUCAGGAGCAUACGAAAAGAGAUCCCGAAAAACACCACCCAAAUCGAAAGACCCCCCACGAUACCAGAUGCGGGUUUUGGCACUCUGGAAAUAAAGCUGGCUUAUGAGAAUGCAACCUCCUCAUUGGCUGUCACAGUAUUGAGAGCCAGGGGACUUAUAGGCAUGGACAUGACUGGACUCUCGGAUCCCUUUUGCCGAUUAGAAAUUUUACCUCGAGAGGGAACAUACUCCAACAGACUCCGAACCAAAACAGUCCACAAGACGAAGAACCCUGAAUUCAAUGAAACUCUGCACUUCUUCGGCAUCACGGAAUCAGACCUCUCGUUCAAAUCUCUGGAGAUCGUUCUCUUCGACGAUGACAGGUACGGCUGCGACGAGAUGGGCUCCGCUACAGUUGCCCUGAGGGAAUGCGCGAAGUCCCCGGCACAGCUUCGCUUAGCACUCUCAGGGUCCUCCGGGUCAGAGCCGACAGGACCCAGGGUGUUACUGGCGCUGUGCUACAACACCAAGCGACGAGCGCUGGUGGUGACGGUGUGUAGGGGCGCUGACCUCCCGCCGCAAGAUAGCAAUGGAUAUUCGGAUCCUUUUGUCAAGUUGCAUCUAGACCCCGACCCGUACCACAAGAAGCACAAGACCUCCAUCAAAUGGCGGAACCUCAACCCGAUAUGGAACGAGGAGUUCCUUUUCGAGACCCGGCCCACCGAACUAUCCCGGCAGAACUUGACCUUAACUGUAUGGGACAAGGACUAUGGCAAGCCUAACGACUUUCUCGGCAGCCUGGUGUUAGGAGCCAGCAGCAAAGGCCGAAGAUUGAAGCACUGGAUGGACUGCAUUAAGUUUCCUGAUCACAGACACGAGCAGUGGCAUUCUUUGACGGAUACACAGCACAUAUAAAACUAUUUUUAGCUUAAAAGUUGUUUUGUAUCCUUGAUAGGGAAUUUCCAUCAAUAUUAUAAUGGAGAUUUGUAUUUUUGGUGACCAAAAACCUCUGUAACGUGGCUUCAAUAUCCUCUAUAAUUCUUCAGCAAACUAUCGGAAAGGAAAAUAUUGUGGUCGGAUUAACCUUAUGGACGAGCUUCUAUGAUUAAAUGGUGCUAGAAGAAAAGGUUGCAUUAUGCUUACUUCUUGUAUACUGAUUUACUGGUAGCCUAUGAUCCUUCUGUCCUUCACCUUCAUACUUAUUCUGGAAAUUCCUAAACUAAAAAUAGUAAGAUUGUUAGAUGACAGGGUUGAAAAAUUAGAUAAAGUUCACACAAAAAGAACAUUCGUUGUGUCGUCGAUUAGUCGAACAGUGUCUUAUGUUUUUAAAAUGACAUGAUUUUCGAAAACUAAGAAAGUUAGGUUUCGCGGAAUAUCUAUCUAUCUAGUCAUGCCAUAACAUUCAAUGAUGUUGAUGGCAUCAAGAAAAACUUAACGGCCUACUUUUUACGUAAUUCACGUACUUAUUAAGAUGUGUAUAAUUUAUAUCACCCAUCAGAAUAAAGCUCUCGUUUUUAUAAAUGUACCGUACAUAAUCGUAUUAAAAUUAUUUACUAUUGUUGUGUAUAAACAUGAUAAUUUAUAUUAAAUAUAUAAUACCUAUGUCAGUAGAUACUUAAGUGUUGUUAGACAUAAAAGUUUAUCUAAUUUUGUACACUAAAUAAUGUUUUUAAUGUGCCAAAAUAUAUAAUCCUAUUGCAGUUACAUAAUAUUGUAGAGAUUAAGGCAAGCGACCUUUAGAAUUCAUGAUAAUAUGUCUGAUCCAUGACUAAUAAAGAUUUUUAUA